GUAGUGCUGACCUAUUGUGCGACGUCUCUCCGAGACUAGAACCUCGAUAGGAGGUCGCUUGGUCGUUCUUGAAUCAAAUUAUUUCAACUCGGAGUCAGCCAAUUCUCAGGCUGGAUGUGCAGAAGGCUGUAUGUCUGGUUCCGUUGGCGACUUUGCGCACUACAAGAGGCCAAGUUCACAAUCUCGUCUGCAUACAUGAGAUGGAGACCAAUCGUACAGAUGUCACGUUGGCGAAAUUUCAUCCCCUUUGGUGCUCUUGUCUUUGUCUUGGGUAUCGUUUACCCGUGACGCUGAACGCAGUUCGACAGCUUCGACAGAUAGAGAUGAAACCUUUUGAGGUAUGGUCGGAAUGAAUGGUGUUCUUGCGUACACCUCCGAUGUCGAUACAGACAGCUAGCUAUCUUGCCCUUCUGUACAUUGUUCAUCACCGGACAUCUGGUCAACGGGUUCAUAAUGUGAGACGGCGAACUUUAUUCCACAAAGCGACAGGAGAUAGGUCACACACUUAUACAUACGUGCCGUCUAGAACCACAAGGACUACGUCACUCACUACCGUCGGGACGCUGCUCGGCCUUUAUCCCCAAAAUGACUUCGAGUGGAAAAGCGAAGCUGUAUUCAUCAUUCCUCGCGCAGGGGAAGCGGACGAGUUCUUGUAUUCAUUUUGUCAAUGUCAAACUCAGAAAGACUUUGGCAGAUGCGAUCCCCGUACCAUGACGUGCAUUCGACGCGGUGCUGAUGGGCUGUCACCGGACUCGGGGGUUUGGCCCAUUCAAUCGCGGGAUAAUUCGGAAAUGUCAGGUGUGACAUCGCCCGGUCGUACGGUGCCCUUCCACUACGCAUUCGCUAUUGUUGGCGCUGUAGUAUGGGCGGCGAUCAGUGACGAGGAGCAUGUACAACCCUGCACCAAGCGGAGAUUGAGAAGUACUUGCAAAGCCUGUGUAUGGAAGUCCAAUAGGACAGUGGGAUUCUUGAGCCGGACAAAGGCUGGCCAUCUGUCGAAGGCAGCCUUGAGACAGCGGCACAAUGAUCUGGGCGGGGCUGAACCAGGGUUAGCUUCGUUGUGGUAUGUGCCGCGCUCGCGGGCCGUCGCGUUCCGCCUUCGUAGAUUUGGAUCUCUCGGGACCGAGAGGUUUAUGGGCGCCUGUCCUUGGCCCCCAACGGUCCGGGGCAACGGAGAGUCGAUGUUCUUUAUCCGGGAUUCAUGCGCGGACACCAUCGCUUUGUCCGUGAAGAGAACGGAGGCACCGGGACGGGUCAUACGAUCCACGGCUCGCGCCGUUCGAGGGAUCAUAGUACACGCUAUCGAAGGUGCAUCGUAGUACGGUCGAAAUGCGCCACUGGGAAUCAGUGCGUACUGGUGGGAAGCGUUCGGGGAAUUAGUACAGUCACGGGGCUUGUAGAAAUGAUGCCUUACUAGGGACGUACGCGGGCCAUGCUGCGGGAGAAGGGAGCCAGAUGCGGUGUAGAAGGCGUGAAGCAGCGA